AUGACCCGAAUCAAGAUCUUGGACGGCGGUCUCGGCACCUCGCUCGAGACCGACUUCGGCGUCAAAUUCAGCAGCCACGCGACGCCGCUCUGGUCGUCGCACCUCCUCGUGUCCGACAACGAGACCCUGCUGCGGUGCCAGUCCAGCUUCGGCCGCGUCCCCGUCGACGUGCUCCUCACGGCCACCUACCAGGUCUCCAUCCAAGGCUUCGCGGAUACGAGGACCGAGCAGAACCCCGAGGGGGUCCCGCGCGCAGCCAUCCCGGGGUACAUUGCAACAGCUAUCAGCAUUGCGGAGCGGGCCAAGGCGGAACACGCGCAGGUGGCGCUGAGCGUCGGGCCCUACGGGGCGUGCAUGAUCCCCAGCCAGGAGUACAGCGGGCGGUACGACGCCGCGCACGACUCGGGCGAGGCGCUGGAGGCGUGGCACCGCGAGCGGCUGGGGCUGUUUGGCGAGGCUGUACGCGGGGCUGCGUCGUCAUCGUCGAGGAUCGGCUUCGUCGCGCUCGAGACGCUGCCGCGCGUGGACGAGAUUGCGGCGGUGCGGAGGGCCAUCGCCUCCGUUGACGGGCUGAGGGACGUGCCGUACUGGGUGUCUGCCCUGUUUCCUGGGGAUGCCGAGACGCUUCCCGACGGCUCGUCGGUGGAGGCGGCUGUGCGGGCGAUGCUGGACCCGGGUGUUGGGCCGGUGAGGCCUUGGGGGGUCGGGAUCAACUGCACCAAGAUGUGGAAGCUGGACUCGCUGCUGCGGAAGUACGAGGGGACGAUCGCCAAGAUAGUCGAGGAGGGGCUCAUCGACGAGUGGCCGGCGCUGGUGCUCUACCCUGACGGCACGAACGGGGAGGUCUACAACACGGAGACUCAGAAGUGGGAGGCUCCUGUUGACGGGCUGGGGGAGAAUCAAGUUCCAUGGGAGACGCAGCUGGCUGAUGUCGUGAGGCAGACCCAGAGGAGAGGAUCUUGGCCAGAGAUCCUUGUGGGCGGAUGUUGCAUGGCAUCGCAUAAGAGCAUCGCAAACCUACGUGCGACUUUGCUUACCGAGAGCUCAUAA